AGCAGCUGCAGGUUAGUAACAAGUUUGCUGUCGGAUACUUAAGUUAAUGACCAGUAUGAAGGUUAACAGUCACUUUCUUACUGACUCCAGAUAUCCACCAGCUGUCAGAAGUUCCUGCUAAAAUCGUUAUUGAAGCUGUUUUGCCUCCUGCCAACGCUGUGAUGUCACAUGGACAUAGGCCAUGUAGGGGUCUAUACUGAGUCUGAAAUCUGUUGACACAACUUAAGUUGGUCACUCCACUUCCAAGAAAGACAGUCUGGUGACACUGCUCGCUUCUUCCUCAAAAACACAUUAUUCAUCUGUAAAUUCUUCAAAGGAUACGAGCUGUACAUCACUGACACUGAGAGCAGAGAUGGCUCAGAAAGGAAUUGAACUGGAUCGAGAAACCUUUUCUUGUUCCAUCUGUCUGGAUCUACUGAAGGAUCCAGUGACUGUUCCCUGUGGACACAGCUACUGCAUGAACUGUAUUAAAAGACACUUUGAUGGAGAGGACAAGAAGAAAACCCACAGCUGUCCUGAGUGCAGACAACUCUUCAUGUCGAGGCCUGUCCUGGUGAAAAGCACCAUGUUAGCAGCUUUAGUGGAGCAGCUGAAGAAGACUGGACUCGAAACUGCUCCUGCUGAUCACUGCUAUGCUGGACCUGAAGAUGUGGCCUGUGAUGUCUGCACUGGAAGAAAACUGAAAGCCUUCAAGUACUGUUCAGUUUGUCUGGCAGCUUACUGUAAGAAACACCUUCAGCCUCAUUAUUAUGCAGCUCCUUUAAAGAAACACAAGCUGGUGGAUCCCUCCAAGAAACUCCAGGAGAACAUCUGCUCUCAUCAUGAUGAGGUGAUGAAGAUGUUCUGUCGUACUGAUCAGCAGAGUAUCUGUUAUCUCUGCUCUGUGGAUGAACAUAAAGGCCACGACACAGUCUCAGCUGCAGCAGAAAGGACUGAGAGGCAGAGAGAGGUGGAGGUGAGACGACAAAACAUCCAGCAGAUGAUCCAGGAUAAAGAGAAAGAUGUGAAGCUGCUUCGACAGGAGCUGAAGGCCAUCGCUCACUCUGCUGAUAAAACAGUAAAAGACUGUCAGGAGAUGUUCACUGAGAUGAUCCGUCUCCUGCAGGGAAGAAGCUCUGAUGUGGAGCAGCAGGUCAGAUCCCAGCAGGAAACUGAAGAGAGUCGAGUCAAAGAGGUUCAGGAGAAGCUAGAGCAGGAGAUCACUGAGCUGAAGAGGGAAGAUGCUGAGCUGAAGCAGCUCUCAGACACAGAGGAUCACAACCAGAUUCUACACAACUACCCCUCACUGUCACCACUCUGUCAAUCUACACACUCAUCCAGCAUCAAUACCUGUCCUCUGAGGUACUUUGAUGACGUGAAAGCAGCUGUGACAGAGCUCAGAAAGAAACUAGAGGACAUUCUGAGAGAGACAAGGACAAACAUCUCAAUGACAGUGACUGAAGUGGAUGUUUUACAGCCACAACCAGAGCCAAAGACCAGAGAUGAAUUCUUAAGGUAUUCAUGUGAAAUCAUACUGGAUCCAAACACAGUAAACAGAGAUCUGGUACUGUCUGAGAAGAGCAGAAAAGUAAUGUUUAAGUUUCAACAACAGUCUUAUCCUGAUCAUCCAGACAGAUUCACUGGUUGUUGGCAGGUCCUGAGUAGAGAGAGUCUGACUGGACGUUGUUACUGGGAGGUGGAGCGGAGAGGAAGAGUUGAUGUAGCAGUCACAUACAAGAACAUCAGAAGAGCAGGGAAUGAAAGUGCAUUUGGACGUAAUGAUAAAUCUUGGACAUUAUAUCAUUCAAAUGACGGUUCUACAUUUUGGUACAACAACAUCCAAACUCCCGUCUCUGCUCCUCCUUCCCCCAGAGUAGGAGUGUACCUGGAUCACAGAGCAGGUAUUCUGUCCUUCUACAGCAUCUCUGAAACCAUGACUCUCCUCCACAGAGUCCAGACCACAUUCACUCAGCCGCUCUAUGCUGGACUUGGGAUUUAUUUUUCUCUUGGUGGUCGGUUAGCUAGAACAAGUGCUGAGUUGAUUAAAGUGAAGUAGACAGAGGUAACUUCAGGACCAGAGAGUUCUUGUCUGAGCUCCAAAUGUCUGAUGAAUAUUUGUAUUGAUGUAUUUGUGUUGUUGUUGUUUCUCUUCCACUUCAUAUCAGAGGAAUCAGCAGACCUUCCUCUAUUACUGAUAUGUUGUUGAUCACUUUGUACAGAAAGAAAUCUAUGAUUACAUUUACAUUUAUGUCUUUGGCUGUCGUUGUUAAGUUGCAGUAGAGAUUUGUACUAAUUCAUAAAACUGGAAUCAUCAUGGUGACUAUUGAUCAGACGAAUAGUUUUUUCUUCUUGUGCUGAUGUUUAACCAGUUUAAUGUGUGAACAACCUGAAGGUUUAAAUAAUGGAUAAAGGGUUUUCACCAAGAGGAAAUUAAAUAUUGACUGAUACACUGUCUUAAUUCCUGAAAAACAUACAGAGUUUAUGUACUCCUCCUUCUCCAAGACGCCAGUGAUUGAUGAAAAGUUCAGCAUGGGUGGGGGUGGGGGGUGAUUUACAAAGGACAUGUGGAUGCUAGA